AGAUUUUAGGAUUCUGGUAGAAAACUGGGACGUGGAAGGGUGGACUCUGAGGAUCACUGAAAGACGCGGGGCUGGAAGAGACCGCACCCUAUCUGACAGAACAUGUGCACAGGCCACGUGACAAAGUUCACGAAAUGGGAAAGUUGUCACAGUAAACUUCCUCCCGUAUGAUGGGAGAGUCUGUUAAUCUGUGUUGCUUUAAGCUCUACGUGGACCUUUGGUUCAUCCUGACAACUCAAGAAGAAUCCGGGCAGCAUGUAUCCGUUCAUGGGACAAUUCAAGUGCUACAAGAUUUUGACUGUGGGGUUGGUCUUUCUGGUUUGGAUAAUCUAUCUCCAGAUGUUCUGGCCUGAUAGCAUCACCUACCGGCCCCCGGGACCCCGUCCUGUCUCUAAAUUUGCUUCUAGCUUCAUGGAACCUUCCUUCCUCUUGGAUUCUCUCCCACAGGUGCUCAGCAACUUGACAUCCCUUCUGUACUGGCCUCCAACCCCGGGAGAUGGGGCGAAACUUUUGGCCUCCACCAGCCCCCAGACCUCCACCUACCACCUGAAGGGUCCCACCCAGGCCAGCUACACCCUGGGAGGCUACCUGGAGGCUGUCCUUGUGGCCAGGGACCACUGGGGCAGACCCAAGACCCAUGGUGGAGAUCUGUUUCGAGCACAACUACUGGGUCUGGAAUUGAAAGCAGGGGUCCCGGGGGACGUCCAGGAUCUGGAGAAUGGCACAUACCAUUUGUCCUUCCCCCUGCUUUGGGCUGGGAGGGCCCAGGUGCAAGUGAGGCUGGUCCACUCCAGUGAGGCAGUUGGGGUUCUGCGAAGAAUCUGGAGAGAGAAAAGAGCCACAGUCGAUUUUAGAGGAUAUUUCCGAGGAAUACAAGGGCAUGAAGAGACUGUGAUUUGCAAUAUUGACCCUCAGUCAACUGGUGCUAAAAGAUCUACCUGCCAGUACAAGGAUGCAGUUUCUGGUGAGCUCUGGUUCUGUGCUCAACCUCCUACCUUGCCCUGUGACUCUUUAGUUGGUCACUCAAGCGGGAGUUACCUAAAAGUAACGACACGACAUGAUGAGGACCUACUGGCAUGGAAUGUGACUGACAAGCUGCUCUCUCAGGGUAUUUCUCCAAUCCUAGUCAGACCUGCAGCCCCAAUAAACACCAGUCUGGCCCUGUCCCCACGGCCCCCAUGCCGCCCUGGCCUCCUGGCCCCAAAGCCCUCUGGCUUCUACCAUCAAAAUGUGUGGCACUCUCUGGCCUGCUCCAGCCGCUCCUUCCCCACCACUGACAGCAUCCUGGGCUGCCUGGCUGGCCGCAUCGUCCACAUGAUGGGGGACUCCACUCUUCGGCAGUGGUGGGAGUAUCUGCGUGACACAGUGCCCUCCCUGAAGCCAGUGAAUCUACAUGUCACAUAUCAGGUGGGGCCCCUGAUGGCCGUGGACACUACUCGGGGCAUAGUGCUGCACUGGCGGGCUCACAGCUGGCCCCUGCGCUCUCUCCGCACACCAGUGGCCUCCCUGCACUCAGUGGUCAGGGAGCUGGCAGGCCUGGCUGGGGGUCCCCACACCGUGGUGGUGCUGGGCUUGGGAGCCCACUUCACCACCUUCCCUCCAUCCAUCUUUGUGCGACGCCUGGCAGGGAUUCGGGCCGCUGUGACAGCCCUGCUGGCCCGGGAACCCAGUACUCUUGUGGUCAUCAAAUUGGCCAACACUGGCUACAAAUCCGUGUAUGGCAGCGACUGGUUCACCCUCCAGGUGAACCGGCUCCUUCGAGCUGCCUUUUCUGGUCUCCGUGUGGCCUUUGUGGACGCCUGGGAAAUGACCUCCAGCCUGGCCCUGCCGGACAACAUUCACCCGGGGAAGCUCAUUGUCCGGAAUGAGGUGGACCUACUCCUCUCCUUCAUCUGUCCCACCUGAGUGCUUCUGUAGGCCCUGGGGCUGUGCUUAUGAAGUGCCUGGGGCCUGGCCACAGGAAUUCUGAGAAGGAUGGAACAAUGAACUAACAACGAUUCAAAAAGAGUAGUGACUCAAGAUUUACCACCAGGGUAAACUCUUAACAUUUUGGUGACCAUCUUUUCCUACAUCUCUCUAUGCACUACAUAGAUAAACAUGUAAUUUUACAUAAAUGAGAUCAUAUUUUA